AAAGAAUUAAAGAAAUUCUGCGAUGAAUUCAUCAUUUCGAAUGCAAUUACAGUGCUAAAAUCGGAUGAAUUUCUCGCAUGCAGUCAAAAAGUAUUACGUGAAAUUCUGAAGAUAGACUUUCUUUGCAAAGAAUCAAUCAUAUUCGAUCGCUGUUUGGCUUGGGCAAAGUAUGCCUGCCGAAAAAACCGCACAGUUCAAAAUAUUGCAUCGAAUUUGCGAAACCAACUGGGCGACUGUUUGUAUUUAAUUCGAUUCGGAGCAAUGACAAAUGAAGAAUUUUUGGAAACCACCAAAAAUUAUGAAGGAAUAUUAACAGUUGAUGAAAUUUGCGAUAUAUGGCGUUCGAUAUCAUUGAAGGGAUUUAUUUCGAAGAAAUUCAAUCAAAAUCCGCGACUUUACUGGGAUGAAAGCAAAGUUUGGUCGUGUAAAUCCCCAUUGGGAACUAUUGCGCUAAUUCAAAGUCCUGAAAUUGUCUUCAUUACAUCAAAUAAAACUACGUUGCUUGGGAGAAUAUGUUUUUCAAUACGAGACAAUUAUGGACAUUCGGGCACAUCGAAUACAAAAGUCAGCAUUGUGGAGAUACAUGGCCAAUCAUUUGCUACCGAAACCGGAACAAUUCUAUUCGAAGUGACAAGGAACAUUUCCUACAAAGCGCAAAAUUAUAUCAACCUACCGACCCCAAUCAUCAUCAAUGCGAGCAAUACGUAUCAAUUUUGUUUGGAAUUUACAAACCAAACCGGAAACCCGGUUUCUUCCCUUUACAGUCUUGGGGAAGUCACAUCAAAUAAUGGACUAAAAAUUACAUUUCAAAAUGUUGACGGUCGCCAGCAUAUGAUUUCACAUUUGGACCUAAUAGACUACUAGUCGAAGGGUUCGAAAUUCCGUUGGAGAUUUAAUUAGGUUGAUUUCCAUUACGACAAAAAACGUCAACAUUUUCAUUCAUGUAAUAACAAUUUUCCAUUCAUUUUGUAUCAAAAUUGAAUAAAUCCGUAAAUACAUUGAA